GAUUUACUACUCUUUGCCUAGGACUGAUGUGUGCGACCGCGCUCUAGGCGCCGCGGGACAGCCGGUGGUAGGGAGGCGGCGCGGCGAGUGGGGGUGGCGUCGUCGCCUGGGCGACGCGUUUCCCUGCGUGCGUCCCUCCCGCUAAGUGCCCGGUAGCGGCGUCUCUCUUUUGUCGGUCGGUGGAUCGGGGCCAUCGCAGUGACGCAACGACGACCCCUCUGCAGCCCCCUCUUGCACCGUCCGCGGUCCCUGGUGCGUGGUUCCGUAUAUAUAGUGGCCGCAGUGCGCAGACACUGCAUGCACUCCCCCAGUUCCUCCCCGCUGAGCACAAGUGUAGGAUUACGGGUGCCAUGAAGUCGUGUAUCCUGUGGUUGUGUGCGCUGGUGACAGCCGUUGUCGCACAGGCGCCUCCGGACAAGGUGAUCCCCAUCAUCAGUCAGAACGAGGUCCGCAACCCUGACGGCAGUUACCAGUGGAAUUACGAGACCGGCAAUGGCAUCAAAGCUGACGAGACAGGCACGCUGAAGAAGGGGUCCAAGCCGGACGAGGGUGACUUCAUCGUCGCCCAGGGCUCGUUCUCGUACACGGGUCCCGACGGAACGGCGUACUCUGUGCAGUACCAGGCCGACGACGAGAACGGCUUCGUGCCCCAGGGCGCCCACUUCCCCACGCCCCCUCCCAUCCCCCCAGCGAUCCAGCGCGCCCUCGACUACCUGGCGACGCUGCCGUCGACGCCCGAACCCCGCCCGGGCAGGAGGCGCCGGUAAGGCAGAGCCCCACUGCGCCGACGGCCCCGCUCGCCGGUACGGCAGCGACUCCAUUUAUCGGCCGACACAACCGACGACGGACGCGCACAACACAGAACAAGGAGAAUCAUGUCUGCUGCCAGUUGCUUGCGAUGAUCUUGUAAAUGCUAAUAAAAACUUUUCACAUUACUCACUUCGUCGUUAUAUCUCUCAUAAUGAGAGCUUACUCCAUUCUGUAGCCUGUAGUUGGUCUAUAAAAACAAAUAAUUAUAACCUACCCUGAAGCAAAUACAUCUACUUUCUUCGUUAAGUUACCGCUGUUAGGUAAUUCCCAGUAACCUACUUCAUCUUUAAGGUUAUAGCCAAACGCUUUAAGGGCACACGCAAUAACGGUCAUGAAAUGCUGUUGUACAAAUCUUCGAGAUUAAUUUCUUUGUUUACUACGGUGCUGGAAAUACAAUUUUGAUGCUGAUAGACUGUAAGUUGUGUCAUUCUGUGUUCAGCGUACGGCACUAGCCAAAAGGUACAGGUAGUGACAUCUAGUGGCGGAGUGUUGAAUUACCUGAAGCAACACACAUAUACACACACACAGGUUCUCUCUCUCCCCCCCCCCCCCCCCCCUUCGGGCACUCCCACUCACACUCUCUCUCUCUCUCACUCUCUCUCUCUCUCUCUCUCUCUCUCUCUCUCUCACACACACACAGUAUCUCGCUCACAGUGAUUAUCAGCGUUGUUAGAAGUGCGUUGCAGUUUUGCACUUCGUAUAACAGCCUCCGAACGGCAAAAGCCUGCUUUUUCUUCACUGUCAGCAUUGAUGUAAAUUUCCUAUCAGCUCUAUGCACCAUGCCGAAGCACAAACGCAGAGAAAGCUUGAAAAAAAAUCGUUUAUAGCCACGAAAUGGUAAUUACUGAACAAUAACAUAGUGUAGUAGCCACUGCUUUGAAAGACUGGUAAAGGCACUCUAAAUAUAAUAAAAAUGAGGGAUAUUAUUUUCGGAUGCCUUCAUCCAUAAUAACUCUUACUUAACGAAGUACAUAGGUAUCCUUAUUUUCCCUGAGUAUACAGUGUAUUAAAUACAGUUGUAAAAGAUAACUAGACUAACAGUUACGCACUGCCUUUGAAGUUCUGUAAUAUUCUACUGUAAACUGUUGUACGUUUGGUCACAUAAAUAAAUGUGAAAAAAGGAA